AUGGUCGGGCAACUUGACUUUUCGAGAUUUCACCGUGGAAGCACCGACGAGCGAGAUCAAUUCUGCCGUGAGUUGAUUUUCGGGUUGAGCAAGUCGGGCUGGGUACGGCUAGUCAAUCAUGGCAUCCCUCCAGAGAGCAUCGACCGGGCAUUUGAAAUGAGUCACCAAUUCUUCAAUCUUCCAAUGGAGCAGAAGCUGAAGUCGCCCCAUCCUCCAACGGCUCAUCCCCAUCGGGGCUUCAGUCCAGUUGGCCUGGAGAACAUAUCAACUGUGUCUAAUUACCGCUCCUCGGAUACGCAGCCCCUACUCAGGGAUAUGAAGGAGUCUUACGACAUUGGAUUGGAACAAGAUCCGCUAUAUUCCAAUAUUUGGCCCCCGGCAGGAGUCCACGAUGACUUUCAAACUACAAUGAGCUCAUUCUUUACUGCCUGUUACGACGCCCAAGUGAUCAUUCUGGACGCUAUUUCGAUUGGCUUAGGGUUGCCCGUGCACUCUCUACGUGAAUUGCAUGCCGCACAGACUAACGAGUUGCGGCUCACCCACUACCCAGAAGUGGAUCGGGCAGAUUUUGCUAAUGCCACCCGCAUUGCGGCGCACACGGAUUUCGGCACUAUUACUCUAUUGUUUCAAGACAAUGUCGGAGGCCUGGAGAUGGAACAGCCCCCUGGGAGCGGAGUCUUUGUUCCGGCUGACAGUGCUGGCCCCCAUGAGUGUAUUGUCAAUGUAGGGGAUUGUCUCCAGAUGUGGACAGGGCUGCAUAGUGCCCGACACCGGGUGCAUCUGGCAAAAAGUGAAAACGAGUGUAAUAUGGUUCCAGAACGUUUCUCGAUUGCGUAUUUCGCAAAGCCCGAUCGGGCAGCGCUUCUCCGUCCACUGCUGGAUUCGUUAGUGGACCACAGCCAGCCAGUGCAAAAGUUCUUGACAGCAAAUGAGUUCCAGCACAUGCGCAUCGAGGGCACGUACGCCUGA